CUCUCUGAGACUCAGGCGAGACGAGCACAACGUAAUCCAGCUGUUUCCGCAGCUACAAUGACGACCAACACCAGGUACAAGAGCCGGAUGAUCAAAUCAGAGGAUGGAGAGGAUAAAGACUACGUGGGCUUUGCCACUCUACCCAACCAGGUGCACAGGAAGUCUGUCAAGAAGGGCUUUGACUUCACACUGAUGGUGGCAGGAGAGUCUGGCUUGGGCAAGUCCACUCUGGUGAACAGCCUGUUUCUCACGGACCUCCACAAGGACAGGAAACUACUGAAUGCUGAAGAGCGGAUCAGCCAGACAGUGGAGAUCACCAAGCACACUGUGGACAUCGAGGAGAAGGGGGUGAAGCUCAAACUGACCAUCGUGGACACGCCUGGCUUUGGGGACGCCGUCAACAACACAGAGUGCUGGAAGACGAUAACGGACUACGUCGACCAGCAAUUUGAGCAGUACUUCAGAGACGAGAGCGGCCUCAACAGGAAGAACAUCCAGGACAACCGCGUCCACUGCUGCCUCUACUUCAUCCCCCCGUUUGGCCACGGCCUGCGUCCUGUGGACGUGGAGUUCAUGAAGGCCCUGCAGGAGAAGGUCAGCAUCGUGCCCCUCAUCUCCAAGGCCGACUGCCUGACGCCAGCCGAGAUACGCAGAAUGAAGGACAGGGUGAGGGAGGAGAUUGAGCAAUUUGGGAUCAAGGUGUACCAGUUUCCGGACUGUGAUUCUGAUGAGGAUGAAGAGUUUAAGCAGCAGGAUCGGGAACUGAAGGAGAGCACCCCUUUUGCAGUCAUUGGGAGCAACACAGUGGUUGAGGCAAGAGGCCAGAGGGUUCGAGGCCGACUGUACCCCUGGGGCAUUGUGGAAGUGGAGAACCCGUCCCAUUGUGAUUUUGUGAAGUUGCGGAACAUGCUGAUCCGCACGCACAUGCACGACCUGAAGGACAUCACCUGUGACGUCCACUAUGAGAACUACAGAGCUCAGUGCAUUCAGCAAAUGACCAGUAAGAUGACGCAGGAUAACCGCGUGGAGAGCCCCAUCCCCAUCUUGCCUCUGUCCACUCCGGAUGUGGAGACGGAGAAGCUGAUCAAGAUGAAAGACGAGGAGCUGAGGAGGAUGCAGGAGAUGUUGCAGAAGAUGCAGCAGCAGAUGCAUGAACAGGACCUGUGAGAAGACGUCGGUGACGAGGUGUACAAGCUGGACCUGUGAGAAGACUCAAUUGGAGAGAUGACCAAAGCAACGGAGCUCAACAGAUGUCAGAGCAGAACAACAGCCAGGGAACAUGUGCUCGACACACCAUGCCGAAAAUACACACAUUAUCAUAAACACACAGCCAAGGAAUACACACUGGACACACCAUGUGCAAAAUACACACAUUAUGGAUAUACACACAAGGAAUACACACUGGACACCCCAUGCAUAAACUAUAGGCACUAUGCAUACACAUACAUACACAUACACAUACACAAACACACACACACACACACACACACAUCCUGGAUAGACAUCAAACACUGCAAACAUUACUCAACAUCCAAGGACUCGACUGUAAAAAAAACACCACACCACUCUCCAUGUACACAGUGGUUAGAGAGAGACUCAGAAUACACAUAAAUAUACACACACACACACACACACACACUCCACACACACACACACACACACACACACACACACACACACACACACACACACACAAACACACACACACCUUAUCGGUUAUUUAUUGAUUGCUUUUGCACAUGAGUGGAGUUGUGUUAGACUAGUAGCGUGUGGAAUGACACUUCCCAAUGUGAUUAUGUUUGUGAUUGCACUGCUGCCCUAGGUGUGCAGAUUACACUCUUCUAUUUAUGCUUUAGUUUAGACUCGUUUUAGAUUUGUUAGACUUUUAGAUGUUCUUUUGUGGUAGCACACAGUACACAGUAGGGUAGUACAUAGAAGCUGUGUGUGUGUGUGUAUGUGGGUGUGUGUGUGUGUGUG